AUGCAGAUUUUCGUCAAGACCCUGACGGGCAAGACCAUCACUCUUGAGGUCGAGUCCUCCGACACCAUCGACAACGUCAAGUCCAAGAUCCAGGACAAGGAGGGUAUCCCCCCUGACCAGCAGCGUCUCAUCUUCGCUGGCAAGCAGCUCGAGGACGGCCGCACCCUUUCGGACUACAACAUCCAGAAGGAGUCGACCCUCCACCUUGUCCUCCGUCUUCGCGGUGGUGGCAAGAAGCGCAAAAAGAAGGUCUACACUACCCCCAAGUGA